CACUGCCACAACAGUGGUACAUAUUUAAGCAGACAUUGGAGGCGCCUAGCCGAGCCGCAUCCGAUAGUCGUCAAAAAAGCUCCAUACCUUCCAACUUCCUCAGCAAAAACGUGAACCCACACUUCAACAAUUAUACUUGGACUAGUUCGUCUCGCUACGAUUUUUUCCAAGUACCCCAGAGGGAGCAAUGGCGACUUUAGCAGGACCUAGUUUUGCCGCUUACACGUAUGGCGGAGCUGGUGGAAACCAAACCGUCGUGGACAAGGUACCAGCUGAUAUGCUCCACAUGAUCGAUCCCCACUGGUAUCAAUUUCCACCAAUGAACCCAUUGUGGCACGGAAUUCUCGGUUUCGUCAUCGGCUGUCUCGGUUUUGUAUCUAUUAUCGGCAAUGGAAUGGUCAUCUACAUCUUCUCCUCGACGAAAUCACUCAGAACACCGAGCAAUCUGCUGGUCGUCAACCUCGCAUUCUCUGAUUUCGCCAUGAUGACCUGCAUGGCUCCACCGAUGGUGAUAAACUGCUAUUACGAGACGUGGGUUUUCGGACCACUCAUGUGCGAGCUGUACGCCUGUGCCGGUUCUCUGUUCGGAUGUGGCUCCAUUUGGUCAAUGACUAUGAUUGCAUUUGACAGAUACAACGUCAUUGUUAAAGGACUUGCAGGCAAACCCAUGACCAUCAAUGGAGCACUCCUGCGAAUUCUUGGAAUCUGGGUGUUCUCACUUGCAUGGACUGUCGCGCCCUUCUUCGGAUGGAACCGAUACGUCCCCGAGGGCAACAUGACUGCCUGCGGCACUGACUACCUCAACAAGGAUUGGUUGUCGCGCUCCUACAUCCUGGUCUACAGCAUCUUCGUGUACUACUCUCCACUCCUCCUCAUCAUCUACUCUUACUACUUCAUCAUCCAGGCUGUUUCAGCCCACGAGAAGAACAUGCGAGAGCAGGCCAAGAAGAUGAAUGUCGCGUCUCUCAGGUCAGCUGAGAACCAGGCACAGAGUGCUGAGUGCAAAUUGGCCAAGGUUGCCCUCAUGACGAUCUCCCUGUGGUUCAUGGCGUGGACCCCCUACCUCGUCAUCAACUACGCCGGUGUCUUCGAGAGUGCCAAGAUCAGCCCUCUCUUCACUAUCUGGGGAUCAGUCUUCGCCAAGGCCAAUGCCGUCUACAAUCCAAUUGUCUACGGCAUCAGCCACCCUAAAUAUCGUGCAGCCCUCUUCCAGCGAUUCCCCUCACUGGCCUGUGGUGGCUCUCAAUCAUCAGGAAGUGACGCUACAUCAACCACAACGACCGUCACCGAAGGCGAGAAAGCCUCCGCAUAAGCAGCAAUUCCUCCAAUUUGCGCGAUUCCAAGGAUCGCCCUCGAGAUCUCUCCAACUGAAUCUCGAAUUUGCAAAUAGAUCAUCUUACGGACAUGCAAAUACUUUAACAAUUGCUCACUCGAUCACACGCAGAGACUCAUAUUGAAUCUUGGAGCGAGUUCAGGUGUCUCCAGAGUCACACCAUUCAGAGUCUGGAUUUUUCGACCGUUUACGACGCGAAAUCAAUGUUUUAUCCAUUGGAAACUUGACGAAAAUUUUACACCAUUGGGACGGGCGAUGGAGACACCGAAGGGUAGAAACACCGAACCGACUCGACUGCGGUAUCAAGCUCACCGGGAAAAUACUCUAGGAGGGAAAAAUCGUUGGCCCCAUCCAUUAUCAAGUUCUAGAAUCAUCUUGCACCACAAUUUGACUCGACUGUUACUUGAUACGUCGAUUGGGCAUCGUUUUUCCCCCUCUUGAUACUGAAAUGCGUGUGGAAUGUAACAGUCCAUCGGAUUGGCAGCAUCGUUGUAUCUGUCUUGAAUUUUGUAAUAUUAAAUCAACCCUUGAAGCAACAA